CAACAGAGCAGUUUGGAGGGGAGGACCUGUGAACCAGGCGGUAGGAGUGAAAACGCAACAGCGGAAAGUUUACUGUGAGUCAGGUCAGCGGAAGUGGAGCUCUAGCAAAGUCAGUGUGCGCAACAGGUGUUAGUUCUUCGUAUGGUUGUUGUGUGACUCUUUUUUUAAAGCUUCGAAGUGGUUUGGACAGUGAGGGUAAAAGUUUUUUCUCGGUUAGAAGAGUAACAACAUGUCAAAUCUCCGACCCCGACUGUGUGUGCUGGAGAAAGGAUCCAGCGGCUACGGGUUCCACCUGCACGGAGAAAAGGGCAAGACGGGGCAGUUUAUCAGGCUCGUGGAGCCCGACACUCCCGCCUCCGAAGCAGGACUCCUCGCGGGCGACCGUCUGGUAUUCGUGAAUGGAGAGCGCGUGGAGGGCGAGAGCCAUCAGCAAGUGGUCGCCAGGAUACGGGCCACCAUCGGGGCUCUAGAGCUAAUAGUGGUGGACGCCGAAACGACUGAGCUUCUGAUGAAACACAACCUGCAGUGCCGGAAAGAGUUCGCCACGGAGGGGAUUCCCCUGCCCGGCCGGGACAGCGACUCAGACCGCGGGGACGCACAGAGCAACGGCACCCCGAGGGAGUCCAGCCCUGUCCCGCGUGAGAACGGGGAUGCCUCGUCCGAGAGGUCGGAUAGGCUGAGUGUUAGCUCCAGCACCAAGGAGGAGAGAGGUGGGCCGCGUCCUCGCCUCUGCCACCUGAAGAAGGGAGCCGGUGGCUACGGCUUCAACCUGCACAGUGAGAAGUCCAAACCAGGCCAGUUCAUCAGAGCCGUGGAUGAGGACUCUCCGGCACAGAGGGCCGGACUCAGACCACAGGACAAGAUCAUCCAGGUGAAUGGUGUGUCGGUGAUUGGCAUGCAGCACUCAGAGGUGGUGGCAGCCAUCAAAGCGGGAGGAGACGAGACCACUAUGCUGGUGGUCGAUGCCGAGACUGAGGAAUUCUUCAAGAGAUGCAACGUCCUGCCCACCGUAGAACAUGUCACUGGACCUCUUCCUGAGCCAGCAUCAGAGAGAGCAUCAGAGGAGGCGGCAGCCGAGAGGAACCCCAAAGUGUCUGUGAGCUCGUCAGCCUCCAGUGCCUCUUCCAACGCCUCCCUGCCAGCAGCCACCAGCAGCUCCCCCCCUCCAGAGGUUGAGAGGGCCCCGGAGCCGGCCCCAGCAGCUGAAGGCCUGGGUCUGAGCAUGUCACUGGCCCAGGCCAAAGAGAGAGCCCGUCAGAAACGAGCCGCCAAGAAAGCCCCGACCAUGGACUGGAGCAAGAGAAACGAACUGUUCAGCAACUUGUAAACGACAUCAUCUUCAUCUUCAUCAUCAGGUCCACCUCUCCCAGACCGCCUGUACCGCCCUGUGUCUGUCCUCUGGAUUUAGUUUUUACGUUGCCACACUGAAUGACAAAGACACAGUGUUCAUUUAGAACAUUAGAAACUCCCCUGUUAAACAGUAUUAUAUGAUGAUUUUAUUUGUUUUAAUUUAGGGUCUUGCCACUUUUCUUUCAUGUUUAAAUGAUGUUGGAGUCACACACAGGAAUGAAUGUUAAUAUAUUAAAAAAGAAUGUUAAAAAGAAAAAAAAAAAGUAAUGUACAGUUUCUCACAUUAAAAGGACCAUGUAAUGGGGCAUAGGGAAAUAUAACCUAUUGGCAGAUCAACAGUUUAAAUGAAUGUCUGCAAUCAGCAACUAGAAUGAAAGGAUCAACAAUGCUGAAUAACCAUUCCAUGACAAUCUGUUUUCCUGUUGGGACACUGUUUGAGCAACAUCAGCGUGUUAAAGUCUUAAGAUGGUUGAAGGGACUCUAGUUAUUGAGAUGAAAGCUCUGGUAGCCUUACUGGAAACACUUCAUGUCUGUCCAGUUGUCUUUCCCUCCGGGGUUUCUGUCAUAUAUGAUUCAAGGAAAUUACAGAUUAUUUUCUUCAUGUUGCUCGAUAGAAUUUGUACAUACACGAAUAAAUGAUUUUAAGAAGA